GCAUAUCAUGAAGAUCAUAUUCAAAUUGAUUGAUUCUCCAAGUUUUGCGCUUUAAGCUUUCUAUCUCUACUUGCACGGACUCAGAAAUCCCUUUCAAAAAUUAUUAUCCAUUCAUAUCCUUGUCAUUCCGCAUCUAGCCCUUACCAGACUUUCUCCAACUUAUUACAAACUUUCAUCUCCCUCCAACUCCAACUUGAACAUCAGGUCAUCCCUCCACCUUCCAUAUCUUUGUGUUUGUACUCUCCUCCAACAAACUUCGUCCAAGUACAAAAAUUUAAUUAUAUGCAGUCGUCAAGUUCUGAGUACUCAAUCAUGGAAUAAUCUAAACUUUCUCUCUUACUAUCUCUUAUACUUUAUCGUACACCCAUUCGUUCAUCCACAUUAAUGAUAAUUUCCGUUUCAUGAUUCAUCAGGCGGUGGUAAUCUGAUUGUAUCCCAUCUUCUUUUUUGGAAUACCCUCAAACCUUCAUACACCUUCUUCAUUAUUUAUACAUAAUUCUACACAGUUACUUGAUUAGUACGUGCGUGCACCUUGCAACUUGAUUAGCAUAUGAUGCGCCAUGGUAUGUACUUCUCUUUACAGUCUAUUAAAUAUACCUUUGGUAUCCUAGGUAUGACUCUGUUGCGCCACACUUCAAAAACUGACCUGAAUCUUUCACUUAGGGUUGUUGUUUCUCUCGUCCCCGCACUGAAUACUCCGCAGGAGCUGGUGCAUCCUCUUCCCAAGCAAUCGCAUCCUCAUCGCGACCUCAAUCACGAUCAGGACCAGCUAGACCAUCAACCAAUGCCUCCACUACUAGCAAUCCUCCACGGCAUCGCCAUCGUGUGCGUCUCGAUGAACAUAUAAACAAACCCCUUCGACCUCACCUAUGGAUGAGUGGAAGUAAACUAUGGACACGGCGAGAAAUUGAUCGAGCACGAGCAGAAUUCUUUGACACUCGUGUUUCGGGUAGACCUGAAAUAUGGCAAGCCAUAAAAGCUGCAUUGGAAGUAAUGUGGAAAGGUGGGGGGGCUGGGGAAGAAGAUGGAGGGUUAGGGACUGCGCAAAUGAUUUUAAAUGCGGCAGAAAUCACGCUACCUGAUGGAGAUAUGGCAGUUAGAGGAUGUUAUGACAGUUCAGGUGCACUAUAUCGAGUACCUGAACAUGUUGUUUCUGAUCCAGCGAAUCUGUUAGAUGACGAUACGACGGGAACGACAGGGAAGAGUGAUGAUGAAGGAGAGUUAGCGGAAGAAAGUGAAGAAGUUGAUGAGGAGGUUCUAAGGAGGAGAGAAACGAAAGGCAAAGCCAAAGCGAAAGAAAUGAUAGCCGUAAAAGCGAGGUUUCAACAUGGUAUCAAUGGAGAUAUAGUGUUCAAGAUUGGAAAGAACGAUUCUGUGCGCUCACUUGUCAAAGUGAUUGCACGAAAACUCGAGGUUCGUAUUUUUCAGAGGUCCUCUCCAAAUUUAGCUAAUCAAUUUCACUAGGUCUCUCCACCCAAGCAUGUCAAAAUCAACUACAUGGGCAAGCUACUUAAAGAAAACGCAUCAUUAAUAGCACAAGGCUGGGUGGAAGGUCACAUUGUCAAUGCUUGGGUACUUGAAUCAACCAAAAAGCAAUGACAAGUUGACAUUGUAUAUAAUGCCGGCUCUCGACUCAGCGUUUGGCGUUGGUUGCAUAGGAGAUGCAUCAGAUCUCUUGAAACGACAUGACGAACUAUCAACAGGCUUCUAUUUUGUCUUUGGGUAAUACCCCCAUGGUUGGCGUUCUAGGAAUAGGCUUUCAGCGAACGGAGCAAAUCUAUGCUGAAAUAUCUUGGUUGGUUUCGCCUACCUGCAUUCGUUCAUCCAUCCAUUAGCGAUUUGUUUUUUAAUGUUCUUUUAAAGUUAUACCCCCUCCUCUACAUUCAGCAAUUAGCGUACUGGUCUAUAUAAUUACUUAAAUCAAAUAUUAUAACUAUUUACUAUUUACUUGAA